AGAGCAUGCUGAUGGGGGCUCUGUGCCUGUUCUGACCACAAAUUAUGCAAUUGUGGAUCAGUCCUGGAUACUUCCUCCUUGUCUUUUAACCAAAGGCUGAAUCAACUCCCAGAGGAGACCAGAAGCCAGUGAGCCAUCAACACGGUACGAGCAUGAUGGAGAACUCCUCAGUGCUCCCUUCAAAUGCUUCAGAGUCCCUCUGGCCUACAGAUUCACCACCAUCUGCCAUCCAUCAGGCCUUCUGGAUCACCUCUCUCAUCAUCUUCUGCUUAGCCUUCAUCCUGGGCAUAACUGGCAAUGGGCUGGUGAUCUGGGUGGCAGGCUUCCGGAUGGCUCGCACAGUCACUACUGUCUUAUUCCUCAACCUGGCUUCAGCAGACUUCACCUUCACUGCCUUUCUGCCAUUCAUCAUCGUUAAUUCGGCCCUGCAGCCCCACUGGCCCUUUGGUUGGCUCCUCUGCAAGCUAAUUAGCUCCAUGGCUGUCUUUAAUAUGUUCGGCAGUGUCUUCCUGCUGACCCUCAUCUCUCUUGACCGUUGUGUCUCUGUCCUUUGGCCAGUGUGGGCCAGGAAUCACCGCACGCCUUGUCGAGCAGCCCUGGGUGCUGCAGGGGCCUGGACUUUUGCCCUGGCCUUCUCUGUCCCAACAUUCAUCUUCAGAAAUACAGACACAGAAGAUGGGAUCACCUUUUGCUACUUUGACUUUGACCCCUGGAAUGAGACAGGAGAUGAUGAGGAGUACUAUGAUGCCCUGUCUGAGAGCCGUCACUGGUCUCUUGUGCUCAGCCGCCUCAUCCUUGGUUUUGUGAUUCCAUUCCUCAUCAUUAGUGUCUGCUAUGGCCUCAUCACAGUCAGGCUCUGGAGUAGAAUGAAGACCAUCAAAUCCAGCCGUCCCUUCAAGAUCCUCACAGCGGUGGUGGCUGCCUUCUUCCUCUGCUGGCUCCCUCACCACGUGGUGGGCAUCAUAGAGGCUUCUACCUACCUCCAUGCACACCUUGCAGAGGUUCUGCCUUACCUGAGCCCCCUUUCCUCCUCCCUUGCCUUUGUCAACAGUUGCCUCAACCCCUUGCUCUAUGUCUUCAUAUGCCGGGACUUCAGGGAGGGGCUGUUCAGAUCCCUGCCAGCUGCCCUGGAGCGGGCUCUGAGUGAGGAGUCUGCCCCGACAGUAACCACAGACAACAGCUCCACUCUUGUACCUCCUGCCACUGAUGGUGAAACGCAGGGUCUAUGAGGAGAUACCUUAUCUUCUGUGGCCUUUCUGUAGGGCCUGCCUUCAUGUGGUCUGUGUUGCAAGUUCUAAAAGACCUCCCAACUCUGACAUUUUAUGUUCUAAGGUCACUCCCAGCUCUGACAUUCUAGGUUCUAAGGGCCCUCCCACCUUGACAUUCCAGGUUCUCAAAGUCCUCCCACUUCUGACAUUCUGGGUUCUAACAGUCCUUGCACCUCUGAUAUUCUAGGUUCUAAGAGCCAUCCUCCCUUGGAAAUUUCCAGUUCUAAGGGUCCUCUCACUUCUGACAUUCCAGGUUCUAAGGCCUAUCCCACCCCUGACAAUCUCUGUUCUGAACACAGAAUACUGUAUUCUAUGUUUUUCAAGAGUUUAAGCUCUGUCAUUCCCUGCUCUGUGUUCUAAAGACUGACCAGUUCAGCAGACUCAUUGCUAGGUAAACAGUGAGUCAUACAGAAUGGAGAAUGGUUGAGGGCCCUGAUGCUCAGCCCCCUCUCUCCAGCCCUCUGAGAGGGAAGCCAAUGCCAUCCCAAAUCCCUGGAUCCCAACGACAUCCUUCCUGAUCCCUCUCAGGUUUCUAAGCCUGCCCUCAGAAGCCUGAGCUCCCUCUGGUCCAUGGCCCCAUCCUGCUGUGGCUUUGGGGCCUUAGAGAUGGACAAGCUUCCAUUAAAUCACCAGAGUUUGUUCCCACAAUAAACACUGGACUCCUCCAGGCCUUGGUCCUGCUCCCCCAGCCUUCUGGCCCCAGCCUCCUGGCCCCAGCCUCUUCAGCCUUCCCAGCACAGCCCUGGGGGAAAGGGAGACUACCACAGUGAAGAGAGGAGUGGGACCGGGAGGGGAGAGGGCCAGGGAAGCAGCCUGAGGCUGAGAAUACCAAGGUCUGGGUUUGAGUCCUUACUUUGCCACUGGGACCUGGGCUUAGCAGCAACUAAUGGAGGCUGAAGCACCCCUUGAUGACCUUGGAGCUCCUUCAAGACACCACUUCUUUUUCUUUUUUUAAGAGGUGAUUUGUGUUGGUUUUUUCCCUGUUUCCAUGUCCCCAGAUCUCUCCCAUCUCCUUCCAGAAAGCCACCCUGUACAACAAAGAACCCCAAAAAAUGGGGGAGGGGGACUAAAAGAGGAAGAUGAGAGAAAAGUCCAGCAAAACUGCUCCACUUUAAAAAAUGCUAGCGUUAUUAUGUGCCCUCCACCAGCAUCUCAGCAGAGCCAGACCCUACCUCAGCCUCCAUUUUGUUGCCAGUGGCUCUCUGGCUCAGGGAUGGUUCAGUGAGCCUGGCAGCGGCCUCCUCCCCCAGGAACUGGGUCUAGAGAUGUCACACACCAUGGGUCACACUCAGGGAGAGUCACUUCACUGUUAGGUCUGCCACUUGACAAAGGCCUCAGUCAUGGCCCUUUCUGGAGUUCUAAGUCAAGGCUUGCCUUGAGGUCUAAGUGGGAGACAGGGAAAGGAGAGGAGAUGUCCAAGACCCUUCACUUUCACACACAUACAAAAACAGAGAUCAUAGAACUUAAGGCUUCAGAGGGACCUUAGACACUCAUUUUACAGAUGAAAAUACUGAGGACUGUUUUGGUUUUGUCUUGGUUUAGUGCUUGGUUUAGUGCCUUGAGAAUAGUAGAUGUUUAAUAAAAAUCAUGUUGAAUUAACAUGAGGCAGCUAGUGGCCUGCUGUGAGGGUCAGCUGAGCUAAUAUUUGUAAAAAACACUUAGCCUAGAGCCUGGCAGGUAGUAGGCACUAUAUAAAUGCUUAUUCCCUCCUCUCCCCUUUUUCCUAAGGACUAUAGGGGAAAAGAUGUUUGCCUGAGGGCCUAAACUGGAGAAUCGGGAUUCAAUGAUUCAGUAUCCAGUGCCCUCCAUUAUUCAAUAAUAUCUCCCCUCCACUGGCUGAGGGAACACAGGAGAAGGGAGAGGAGCCCUGCCUUCUAGGGACUUCUAGUCUAACAGAAAACGCACACCCUCCACAGAAGGAACAUUGGUUAUUCCCCCGGAAGGCCACCAAGCCACAUUUUCCCAUCCUUUGCUUCUCUGCCUGCAUUACAGAACUUGGAAGAGGAAAGGUCAGAGAUGGGAGGGACCUCAGAACAGAGAAUUUCAGAGCUAGGUUGAAAAGCUUGGUGCUUAGCGGUAUCCAAAAAAGUCCUACUAGGUGGUCCUUUAGUGUCUGUCCCACCCUGGGUCCCCAGUGAUGGAGUCAGGUGGGUUGGCACUGCAUCGGUUUAAAAGGCUCUGCCUCGUUCUUCUUCCCACUCAGAAUGCCCUCUUCUAGGAGCUCUUGUAAGAAAUAAUGGCUGCCAAUUUGGAGAGCAAUUUGGAACUAUGCCCAAAGGGCUAUAAAAAUGUUCAUACCC